GACACCCAUUCCCAUCGAGUCUUCACUCUUCCCUGUGCACUAUUCGCUAUUCGGUUCUUCUGUCUUGUUCCUCUUCUGGGAUUGUGUUGGCUCUGCCAUAUUUGAGAUUGACUCACUCACUCCAGGCUUGUUCCCAAGAUUGAGAACCCGCAGCGGACUGGAUUACCCACCCAUCCUACUAGACGCCACGCCUGGACUGGCCGUGAUUCCCCAACUCUAUCUGGCUGGACGAGAUUCGAGCCGCCGUGGGUUGCCCCUGGGAUUGGAUCGCUAGCCGUUGGAUUAGCUAGCCGUAUUUGAUUGGGCGUUCUUCCGGGGCCCAGUAUCGAUUUUGGCCCGGAUCUGCCGCCUUUGAGGCCGAUCGAGCCAUUCAUCCAUCGAUCCAUCGAGCAUGACGGAAACGGGAGGUCUUCAAUUCGGUCCUCAGUGGCUCCGUGACACGUUCCACGAGGCCAAUGGCAGCCAUCAGGCGGGUUCAGCCGCCGCCACGGGCUCGCGGGGCCCGUGGGAUGGGUCCAUGCUUCACCCCACGUCCGCCCCCGCGUCCCAUUGGCCGCACAGCUCGGGCCCCGGGGUGGCCCCGGGGACCGGGGGGCGGGUGGCCAGUUUCAAGUUGGCCGAGUUUCGCUAUGGGCGGGAAGAGAUGUUGGCUUUGUUCGACGAGUACAUGCUCAAGGAUCGGGAUCGAAUGCGGUUGGGCGUGGCCUUGCCCGACGACGAUCCACUGGUCGAAAUGAAGCUCUGGAACAAGAUCCCGGCCCCUCCGUUAAAUCUCCAGGCCUCCAUGUCCGAGGAGGAACAGCGGGCCUGGCAGAAGGGCGUGAAUUCCGACACCAGUUUGCGGAUCUACCGCAAGGAUUUGCCGCUCGAGGGGGCGGCUUUGAGCCGGGGCGGCGGGGCCGGCGCGGGACUCCGCGGUCUACGCGGGACUGGACCGCCCGGCAGCGUCGUGGGUCGCGGGCGGGGCUUUGAACGCCAUCGGAGUGUCAAUGAGGACGAGGAAUUUCUGGGCUUAGGACCCGCCACACGGGGCCGAGGUCGAGGCUUUGAUCGUUCACUCAGCGACCGAGGCGGCUGGUUCGAUCGACCCGGUCCCGGGGGUGCGGAGGAUCCCACUUUGGCCACCCGUAAGAACUACUCCCGAGCUCCGUACGAUGAUUGGCGAAAAACCGGCGAGGACGACGGGGAGAGCGGAGGAUGGCGGAGCGCCGCCUCCAAUUCCAACAAUGCCGCCCGCCGUUGGAACACGGGACCCACGUGGCGCGAGCGCUCGGGCGGCGAGGAGGCUUUCGCUCGCGGACGAUUCAACGACCAUGUGAACGGAUCGGUCCCGCCCGGCGGAAAUCCCCGUUGGAAAGACCCACCUUCAGGCAGUGAUGGAUUCAGUCGAGUGGGUCGUGGCGGUCGUGGCGGCCAUCAUGGCUCCGGGUUAGGCCAACGGCGCUAUAGAAACGAAUCUGAGAACCUACCCGAAUGGGCCAGUGAGGAGAGUGGCACGGGCAAAGGGGGCACGUUUGACGCGUCGGGAAAAUUCCAAGCCUUGCGGAUCAAUGGCGGCGACUCGGGGGAAGAAGAGGGUCCAUUAGAUUGGGCUGAUGACGAGGAAAACGUGGUCGAGGUGGAAAUCGACCCGGAUGAUUUGCCCGACGUGAAUGGGCGGGAUGGGCCCAGCUCGGCCAGUUCAGCCUCCAAGGAUCCCACACCCAGUGAGGCCCAAGAGAAACAGUCGUCGUCGGAUCGAUCCACUGGACCAGGGGCUGAUGAAGAGGUUCAUUCAGAAGACAUUCCGGAUUUGGAGCAGCAGCCACCCCAAUCACAAGCUCCGCGUCCACCGAGCUUGCCGGAUAACCAUGAUCAUCGCGAUCAGACCAGUGAAGAGCCUGGAUCCCACCUGGAUGCCGGCCAUCUGGUGAGUAAGCUCGUGGACGAUGAUGACCUCGAUCACUUGAGUCUACAGCUUCAGACCUCGAAAUCGGAACGGACCACAUCUCAACACAGUCCUCAGCUCCAUCAAUCCCACCUUCAGCAACCACCACAGCAGCCACCCCAUCAUCAACCGCCACACCCCCAAUAUCAACAGGUUCCAACAUCACAAUAUCAGGCUCCUGCCGUUGAAGACGAAGGCCUUCGAUCCGACAACGUUCAAUGGAUCUAUUUGGAUCCUCAAAGACAGACCCAGGGCCCCUUUGCCACUUCGGACAUGCUGGAAUGGAAUAGCCUGGGCUACUUCCCCAAUGACCUAAUGAUUCGUCGGACUUGCGACCAUCAGUUUCUGUCCUUGAAGGAUAUGACCCGAAUCUUCAGAGGCAACCCGUUCAGUGUCACCGUUCAACCUGGUCCAAUUGACGCACAGAAAAUCCAAGAAGAAGCUAUGAUCCUGGAACACCUACGCCGUCAACAAGAGCAACAACUCUUGCAGCAGAGACAGCAACAACUCUUGGCUUUGCAACAGCAACUUCAUCACCAACAACAACAACAGCAACAACAACAACAACAACAACAACAACAACAACAACAACAACAAUCUGCACCGUCUCAACAGGCGGCCAGAUUGCAAGAUCCUCAGCAACUCUUCAACAACCUUUUGUUCUCGCAGAACGGGCCGCAUCCCACUCUGGGGGGAGGAUCUCUCCUCCAUCCUGAUGCCCAUCAUCGCCAUCAACAACAACAACAACACCCCAACACGCCCGCAGACAUGCCUAUGGACCCGUUAAAGCUCCAUAUUCAACAACAACAACAACAACAACAGCAGCGAGCUCAGCAUGAAUCUCCCGAGCACACGGGCUUUGGUCCGAGUCUGAGUAAUUCCAGCUCGUCCCACACCCUCUUCCACAAUCAACACCAAGUCCCCACCUCAGUCAUCGCCUCUACCUCGCCUGGGCCGGAAUCCGUUCAAAGACCGCCUUCCUCGUCGAAUGGUAGUAGCUACGAUGCCAUCCAGUCGCUCUUGAGCCAACUUCAGAGUGAGAAAGGCAAUCAAUCCAGCUUUGAAGGCCAUCACGACCGUCAACAGCAGCACCAUGACCAACAUCAGAGAUUGUCCAGCUUUGGCGGGCUCAAUGCCCAACGGACUCCGAGUAGCGGGGAUUUGGAAGGGGGAGCUGGAGGGCGUUCCAUCUGGGAAACACCCACGACAUCGGAGCAAUUCCCUCCAGAAACUAAGACCAGUGUUUGGGAGGACAACAACCAAGAGGACUACAAUCCAAAAGAGGAGGACGUCGAGGACGGAUCAUCCGAGGAUUAUGCUCCCGAUGAGCCAAAAGCACCACACACCAAAAUUCAUUCAGUACCACACCUCCGAAGUGACAAAGUGGCCCCCCCACCCGACAUUCCGAUUGAUAACGAGGUGUCGGCCGAAGACUUCGUCAAGCCCCGCUCCAACGAGAAGAAGGACAAGAAGAGCCGGAAGGCCGAGGAGAAGCGCCGCCAGAAGGAGGCCAAGCGGGCCGCCGAGCAAGCGGCGGAGAACCGCUACAUCCCGGGCAUGCAGGGAACCGUCCGACCGGAUGAGCCCAUGACGGUGGCCAAAGAGCAGGAGUUGAACGAGGAGGCCAAGGCUCAGCAGAAGGAGGCGCUCAAAAAGCUUCAGGAGGAGCAAAGGGAACACCUGAAGAUGGAAGAGCUUCAGAGACAAGAGUUCCUCGCCGCUCAGCAGACCUCACAUCAAGCCAAAUUGGCUCCAUGGGCCAAGAAGAAUCAAGAGGAGGCUCAAAGCAAGAUGAGUCUGAUGGAGAUCCAGAAACUGGAGGAAAAACGCGAGCGUGAACAACAAAUGCUCAGAGAGGAGCAAAUGCGGGUCAUUCGGGAGCAGCAAAUGCGGGAAGAGGAAGAAAUGCGUCGACGCCAGCAAGCCAAUCGACCGAGUUGGGCCUCCACGUCCGCCAAUGGGCCCAGUUUCACGGGCGAUGGGGCUCCAAACCAAGGACCCGUCAAGUCACUGGCCGAGAUCCAAGAGGAAGAAGCCCGCAUCGAGCGAGAACGGCAAGAGCACCUCAAAUUGGAGAGGAAGUCAAGACAGGAGAUGAGCUUGUCCGCAGCCUCGGUGUGGGGCAAGGCGGCCGCCAAUCUAAGUUGGGCCCACAAGGCUGGAACGAGUGGUGGUCCGGCUCAAGCCCCGCCCCAUCAAUCACAAUCAGCCAGAGGUCACAACAAUAAUGGAGGGGGAUUCUGGGAGGAUGUGCCGCCUUCCUCCGCGCGGUCCAAUCAAAAGCAAGGUGCCCAAGCGCAGUCGCAGCUUCCACCCACCACGAGCUCGCAAUCCGCGAAUCAGCCGCAGGCAUCCAAGAAAGGUGGAAAGAAUAAGGCCGGAAAGGCCAAUAAUGCCAAAGGCAACGCCUUCGAGGGUUGGUGUCUCUCGGCUUUGGAGCAGUUCAAUACCAAUCUCGAUAUCCCGACUUUUAUGGCCUUCCUCAAUGACAUCGAAAGCCCUUAUGAGGUGAAUGACUACGUCAAGAGCUACAUUGGUGAGGGCAAACAGGCCAAAGGCUUUGCCCAAGAGUACCUGGAGCGUCGCUCUCGUCACAAGAAUGCCUUAAAGAACAACAAUCGUGCUCUUCUGGAGGAAGAGCUCCUGACUCCGGCCACGGCCAUCAAUCCCAAUGACGAUGAGUUCAUCCCGGUGGGUGGAGCGGGAGGUGGAGCCAGGGGCAAGAACAAGAAUAGGGGCAAGCGUGAGAAGGGCAAGGCCACCGAUGCCAGUCAUCUCUUGGGCUUCAGUGUCCAGAGUAACCGUAUUAAUGCUGGCGAACUGGAUUCCCCCAAAUAAGAAGGCCAGGGUGACGACAAUCAAAUGAAACAUCCAAGUGGAAAGAGAGUGAGCCCGGGGAAAUUACCCAAAAUUGAUCUAUAUUCAUGGCCCCCAUAUUUUGGCGCCCCAAGGGACUCCAUGACGGAAGAAGAUUCAUUUUUGAAGAAUUCUUGUCUCUCCAGUCCAGAGUCCCUAGUGAUAAUAGCCCGAGCUCGGUUUCGAAACUUAAAAACACCAUCAAAAGAAAUUAAAAGCACAUCCUGCUUGAUAUGGA